GUGGGUGUGUUUUAAAUGUACAGUGUGUAUGCAUCCUGUGUUUUAGGCAGAAUGAAAAAGAGUAAAGUACAAAGAUGAAUUUUUUUACCCACAAUCACAUCCAACAGACAGUGAAAGAAUGUAUUUUUAGAAUCGGGGGCAGGUAUCAAUGGGAGCUCUUAGCUUGUAGCCUGGACUUCAUUUCAACAGAGAUUGAUGAAUCACUACAUACUUUUCUUCAGAUUGUUUUAUAAAGUGGGAGUGGUUCAAGGGGCGUGCAUGGGAUUUUUAUCUGCUCCUAACACAGAAUCCUCAGUAAACAAUAUAUGUGGAAAUUGUUGGAGUGGGACUUAGAGACUUCAUCCUGCACCAUGAGAAUGGAUCAGGGACAGAACGGAGACGAAGGCAGUAAGUAAACAAAGUCACGCUGUUCAGUAUGCCUUGCAAAAGCAGGCAAUUUGUCUAAAAGCAUGCUUUGUUCUGGGAAGUCGUUCUUCAGAAUCAACGGCUGUACACACUGUACAUUUAAAGUUCCCCCCACAAGAAUCUUGGGAAUUGUAGUUUGCUAAGCAUGCUGGGAACUGUAGCUCGGUUAGGGGUAAACUGCAGAUCCCAGGGUUCUCUGGAGAAUGGGGAAAUUUGUUUUUGAUGUAUGGUGUGUUCAUAGCCUUAGACUCGGCUUUGAAGUACAAUGUGUGGCUUGUGGUAAAUAAAUGCAGGUUUUCUGGUACAAUCUGAUGAAAAGUUGGCUAGUUGCAAUUUCUUUCAGAAAUGGGAGAGCAGGUAGAAUAAUACUGAUAUCUGGUUGAAAGCCCAGUGCAUGGUUUCCCUGGAUUUCUAUUUGAGUUGGAGCCAUUCAUUGACUUUUCACUAUCCUUUGAAUUCUGCCUUGCUGUUGCUUUGCACUUUCUGACAGCAAGAGUCCAUAGAAGGCGAUUUGGGCUUAAUGGUCAUUUCUCUAACCCAUAAGGGAAUGAUGUGUAAUUAACACAAGCAUCAUUUAAAGCUACCUCCUGCUCUUGUUUUGCAGAAGGUUGUCAAAUAGCCCUUUACAAGCAGGCUUAAUAACCAAAUCCCAUUGCUAGUAAAUGAAUGCACUGGUUAUUUUGAUGCUGACAUUAAAUGGUUGUUUCAGAAAGAGUUGGUAUUUCUGUCCAAGGGGAUGUCAUUCAGCAGCUUCAUACAUAUAGUUAAGAUCUAGUUGAGAACUUGGUUUAAAGGCUCCAUUUUCCUCUGCUUCAGAGGCUUUGUCUGAAAAAAGAAACAAAAGAAAGCAAUUUCCUAGUGUAUUUAAAGAAGUAUAAAUGCCUUAUUCCAUUCAAUUUAAAACUGAUCUCUCUUCUAAGGGGAAUUUUGUUUCAUCUUGUCCCUUUACACAUCUAUGAAUACAUAAAAGACCAUGUUUAUCGGUACUCUGUCCCGGUAAAAAGACUGUCCGUGUUUUGCCCCCUGGGAUAUAGCACAGGUCCCCAUUUUGUUAGUGUAAAUUAUUAAAGUGGUCAACCCACAGGUUUUAAUCCCUCCCAUGGGAUUCCAGAAUUUAAAUCUCUGAGUGGGAACUGGUAGAUUCGUCUUGAUACCAUUGUCCAAGCAUUAUAGAUAGACAGAAAGUGCCAAUUUCCUUCCUUCCUUCCUUCUUCUUCCUCUGAAACUAUUCAGGUGAGGAGGGCUCUAAAAACCCACUGUGGUAUAGUGGUUCGACUAGUGCUGGACUAUGACUGGAGAGACCAAAGGUCAAAUCCCCACUGAGCCAUGAAAUUCCCUGGAUGACUUUUUGGGUCAGUCACUGUGGGUUGCACCCAACAUUAGUCCUACACAGAGUAGGUCCACUGAAAUAAUUUGGGACCAUUAAUAUCAGUGGACCUACUCAACUAGCAUUGGCUACAAGCCUAUGUCUAACCUACCACACAGGGUAAUUGCAAAAAUACAAUUAGGGAGCGCCAUCGUACGCCAUCUUGAAAUGCUUCGAGGGAAGGCGGGGAUGAAUGUAGUAAAGAAAUAGCCAAUUGCUGCUAUUCUCUAAUGAGCACAAACAGAUCAAUGGUGGUAUUGAGCAUUAUAUUAAACACUCUUAAAUAUACCAGUAACAAGAGAAUAGACCUCUAUUAUGGUCUGUUAGGAAAAUAACCUAUUUUGAAAACCGGUGCCGGACAGACUGUUGCAGAGUAAAUUAAGCACACAAGAGUGUCCUUGUUUUCAUCUCUGAGAUGUUGGAGAAUAUGAAAGUGGAUGUGCAAUUUGGGGCUGAGCUGUAUUUGUCAAAGAUGAUCCAUCACAGACACAGAAAAGCUAUUGCAAGAUUACAGUUAUUACAGAUCAAAUCAGUAGUCCUAAGUGGGAAAUGGGGAGGUAUUUUUCUUGCAGAAAAGGAAUGGCUGGCGUGACCUGAAUCUUAUAGAUCGGGACAAUUUAUGUGAUUUGCCUUUUUACAUGCAGCACCUAGAAAAUAAAUGGCCUUAAUUUUGUGAGGUAGUGCGCAAGAUUGCAAUGGCUACACAUGCACGGUUUUGUUCCCUGGGCUGUCUCUUCUUCCAGAAACAAGCUGCUUUUUAAAAACUAGAAGAGUAUAAUUAAUGGCAGCUCAGGGAUUUGAGAAGGGUGGGGGAAAUACUAUGAAGACGUGUCUCAUGCAUAUUGCUGGAUUAUAUGGGCAAUGUGCUUGAAAUACUUGUUUACAGGGGGAUAUGAUUAUUAUUUUAUUUAUAACUAAAGUUCACCCCAUUUCUUAAAUGCAGUAAGAUGUAUGGGACAAACCUUGGAAAUUUGACAAAGCAUCAGAAUAGAUGAUAUUGGGGGCAUUUUCUGAAUUGUUCUGAGAUGCCUUCUUCUACAUCUUUGAGCCUGCUCAAACACCCACAUGCAGGCAAUUCAGCAGGCAGAUUACCUUAGUUUCUGAUUGUUCCUGGUAACUCACUGGUCCUGUUUUCCUAGAGUGUGUCAUUUGGUAAGAUGCUGAGAAUGUCUUAUAAACAUUGUGAAUGAGAAGCAACAUAUUGACUAUCUUAAGUUUUCAGCUCUUUCCCCUGUUCUCUAGAGGGGCAUAUGAUGCUGCCACACUGCUGCAGCUCUUCCAUCCCAUUCCCCCCUAAUAGCCACUCAUCCAUGCAACAGAUGUUGCCAAAGUGCUAGACUUGCAAUUGUUUUAGAAUAAGUUCAACUGGAUCCAUACUGCUACAAUUUUUAAAGACAGACAGACAGACAGACAGACAUCCACCCACCCACCCACCCACCACGUUUCAUAUAAACAAGCAGAAAAGAGCAUUCAGCAACUUGUAUGCUUUAAGCAACAUGCCACUUCACUCCUUUAUUUUUCACUAUUUAUUCAUUAUUGCAGCUCUAUCCCAACCUUUUCUCCCAGGAGCUCAAGGUGGUAUACUUGGUUAUCCACGUACCGUUUAAUCCCCAUGACGACUCUGUUGGCAGGUUAGCCUGAGAGGCAGUGACGGGCCCAAGGUCACCCAGGUGAACUCCUUGGCCAAGUGGGGAUCUGAACCCAGGUCAUAGUCCAACCCUGUAACCACUAUACCACACAGACUCCUUGAUUGUUAUGGGCCUGAAGCUGGGAUCACAUGUACAUCUGUCGCACAUAACAUCAUUUAUUUAUUUUUUGCUCUGGAUGUCGUAUAACGAUAAUGAAGGGGGAAGUUUUCAUUGACAUACAUAACGGCACAACAACUCUCAAUAUCUUCAUGUGUUUCACCAAGAGCUAUUGGAAAUGAACCCUUUAUUUCUUUGGGUUUUGACAGAGGUAUCACACAACUGCGGUCAAAUGCAUAUUAUGAAUAGAUGUGAAUACACCCUUUUCCAUUUUCCAAGCACACCCAACUUCUUUGUUCCAUUAACCUAGAACAAGGAGGCUGUAUUUACACACUAUUGUGACUUCCAACUGGAUUGCUAUAGCAACAAGUCUGUCUGCAAGUUGCAGACUACAAACAAGAACUAUUUAUAACUUUGUUAUUUCUGGUUAUUUACUAUAUCAUUAUUUUCAGGGCCGAUAUCUGGCACACAUGAGCAUAUUCUUCCUUCUAAAUUGACCUUUACUAUGGCAUUUACAAACUAUAUAGUGGUACCUCAGGUUAAGUACUUAAUUCGUUCCGGAGGUCCGUUCUUAACCUGAAACUGUUCUUAACCUGAAGCACCACUUUAGCUAAUGGGGCUUCCUGCUGCUGCCGUGCCGCUGGAGCACGAUUUCUAUUCUUAUCCUGAAGCAAAGUUCUUAACCUGAAGCACUAUUUCUGGGUUAGCGGAGUCUGUAACCUGAAGCAUAUGUAACCUGAAUCGUAUGUAACCCGAGGUACCACUAUAGCUCACUUUCAAGGCAAGCUGGACACAUUUGUGAGCAUUGUUAUACAACCAGCUUCAAACCAGUAGUUAAAGACCAUAGAAGGAGGGGAGGGGAGGCUUAAAGAAAAAUAAAACUCGAGUUCAUCUUCUUUUGCUUAAAUGUCGGAAAUGGCACCUACUAAACCUGGCGAUAAUGAAGGUUAGAGCUGCAAAGCUGGCUCACUGAUAGUAAAUCAGGCCUGGAUAGUGUGGUUUUAGCAUUCAUGGACUGUUAUCAUAAAAUCAUAGAAUUGUAGAGUUGUAAAGGUCUAUGCGUGUCAUCUAGUCCAACCCCCUGCAAUGCAGGAUUCUUUCAGCCAAUGUAGGGCUCCAACCAAUGACCCUGAAAUUAAGUGUCUCAUGUUCUACAAGUUCUCUAUGCAGUUUUAAUGUUGUUUUCUUCUCCAAUUUUGGUCACUCUAGAGACCCUUCAGGUCUGAAUAAUGGGUUAUUUAGUUAACAAAUAUACAUACUGUUAAAUGUAAGAAAUAUCAAAGCGGUGUACAGUGGUACCUCGGGUUAAGAACUUAAUUCAUUCUGGAGGUCCGUUCUUAACCUGAAACUGUUCUUAACCAGAGGUACCACUUUAGCUAAUGGGGCCUCCCGCUGCCACUGCGCCACAGCCACACAAUUUCUGUUCUCAUCCUGAACAAAGUUCUUAACUUGAAGCUCUAUUUCUGGGUUAGCAGAGUCUGUAACCUGAAGCGUCUGUAACCUGAAGCAUCUGUAACCCGAGGUACCACUGUAUAAAAUACAGAUACACAACAUAAUAAAAUAAAAUCAAUCUAAAACACAGCAUCACCAGCUUACAUUCACAGUGGCUAUCAGUAGGGUAGAUCAGUAAAACUAAUCAAGUAAACUCUGGGUGGCGGGGGUGGGGUGGCAUUUAGCAUGCACAGUAAAUAGGCAACUGUCAGCACAUGCCUAAUUUCCAGGGGGAAAGUGUUGUUGUUGUUGUUAAUUGAAUUUGUUAGUUGCUUUAUCCUGCCCAACCCAACCCAACCCAAAGUGACUUACAACCAACCAAACAGACAACCCCCACCCCCAGAUACAUUAAAACUAAUAGGAGAGGAAAUACAUCCCACCCACUUCUGAAAGGCCACUGAUGGUUAAAAACUAAAGGCUUGGUUAUAAAGGAAAGUAUUUACCUGGUGCCUGAAGACAUAUAAUGAUGGCACCAGGCAAGCCUCCCUGGGGAGAGCAUUCCGCAGAUGGGAAGCCAUUGCAGAAAGGCCCUUGCAUGCACAGGUGUUGUGAGCCUGACUACCAAUGACCGAAAGAUCACUCAUGAUUGACAACACCGUAUUGUUCAAAUCAGGCCACAACUUUAUUUAUUACAGAUGUUAAGGGCUUGGCAUAGGCACUGGGUUGUAACUGAUAUGGUUUGCUGAAUGGUAGACCAAGGGGUCAAAACAGUGCCAAGGAGGUCCUAUGACAUACAUCAAAUAGGUGCCACUAUGCCAGGAUCACUGGCUCAAGAAGUGCUAUGGCCCUUGCCCUUGCCCAGGUGUCUGGAGAGAAGCACCUUCUCCAAGGUCCCUUUAAGAGGAUACCCCAUUCCCUUGGAGGGGCAGGCAGAAGCUUACAACCUUCCCUCCAACCAGAACUAAGGUUUCUACCCAAUGCCUUACCCGCCACACAAGCCGGUCCAAAUUCUGGCUCGCCGCCAAUCUACUCACAAGCAACAUGUCAAAUCGGCUAGGAUAUCCAUAAGCCAAACAUCAUUCUCAGGUGCACAGAAUCUGGCCUGUCGGUUUUGCAAUGCCACAUUCCUUUGGACGUAAGAAGUAUGAUUGUGUUACCACCCUCUGGACUUCCCGUGGAAGGGGCACAUGAAGAAGAGCCUCAGAUGAUGAUUGCAGGGUCUGGGGUGGUUCAUAUGGGGAGAGCUGGUCUUGGAGGUAUUGUGGUCCUGAGCCGCUGAAGGCUUUUGAGAAAACUUGUGCCACCACACUGUUGGUUUCUGCUUUCCUUCACUGUGCAGCUCUGCUUGUCACGAGACAGGUGUUUACAUUCCACAGUCUGUACUGUUGGAGUUUCUCACGGGAAAGGGAGACUGGAUGUGACGUACACUGGUUUCCUGUUUUUCACUGUGUGAUUCUCUCCGAGCUGUCGAGGAGAGAGGAUGCAUUUUUUCUGCUCCGGCAGAGGCAAGAUGUCUUUCUGUAAUAUACCAGCUUUGAACUGUAAAUAAAGCAAUAUAGAGUAUGUAGCACGUAUUCCUCAUCCUUCCGCUGGGCACGACAGACUCUGCUUAAAUCAACACGUGGUUAUGGACUCCAGAGGUCGAAUCGGAGUGCCGGCAAAGGAUCGGAAUGCAGAGGGACAGAUCGGAAUGGAAUCUGCUCUGCGCGUAGAAGUGAUUGAUGAGGUAUGUGCUACUGCUCCGGGCAGCCUGCCAGCAUCAAGUUAAUGGCUUUAUGGCUGGACUUUGAACUUUUAAAGCCGGUUUUGCCGGGAAUAGGCAAAAGGCUCCCAGGCACAAGUCACUAUGCUGGGGAAAUCGAAAGUAACUUUUAAGUGUGCCUUUGUAAUAAGGCAGCUGCAGCAGUGACGCAGCAAGAAUUAAAGCAGCAUAUAUAUGACGCUGAAGGCCAAUGCCAGAGUCAUGAUGGCCCUUCAGGAUGCUUGUGGGAUUCCUAAGCUCAACAAGAAAAAUUACAGCGACUGGGUUCAGUAUGCAGAGGCAAUUCUGCGGAAAGAGGGUUUGUUUGAGGUGAUUACAGAAACCCCCAGUUCCAGUUACAGAUGCAUGGGAAGCUAAGGAUUCCAAAGCAAGGGAACUCUUACAUUGAUAGUAUCCUCAGAAGAGCUCUGUCUAUUGCGUGAUAAGACCUCAGCCAGAGAAAUUUGGGACGCUUUGAGAGAGGCUCACUUAAGGACAGAAGCUGGAUCUACUAUGUUUUACUUUAACAAGCUGCAUAAUAUGGCUCUUGCUGAAGGUGGAGAUGUGCGUUUACAUCUGAUGCAGAUGCAAAAUCUGAGACAUGAGCUGCAACAGAGAGGACUCAACUUUCCAGAGGCUGUGUAUUCUUUCAUGAUACUACAAUCUUUGGGUUCAGGUUGGGAGUCUGUUGCAACCCAGAUUGCUGUGCAACCAACUGCUCCGCUGACAGUGGACUUUGUUACUGCCGUGAUGUUAAAUGAAGCAGAUCGCCGGGUUGCUAGCUGCAUGGGCAAGGGGGAGUCUUCACAGACGUCAUCCCAUAGUGCAGUGGAACCACCAGAUGGCGCUAAAGCUUUGAAGGCAGUGAAAUGCUACUCGUGUGGACGUCUAGGCCAUAUGAAGAGGGAAUGCAGACAUCCCAGGGCCAAGACAGAGCAGCGCAGCGAAAGCUCAUCGCGCGGAAAAGGCCGAGGCAAAGGCAAAGGUCCGGUGUCUAGGACAACGCAGCACAAGGCUAUGGUUUCACGCUUCACUCCAAAGGUUGCAGAGGUCCAGAAGACGUCUAGAUCUUUCUUCGUUGUUGAUUCAGCGGCCACCCACCACAUGUGCAACGAUAAGAAACUGUUUAUGUCUUUUACACCGCAGGAAGGUGCGAUUCACCAGGCGGAUGACCACACUAUUCCCAGUAAAGGCUACGGAACUGUUGUUCUUCACAGUUUGGACUUAUCGAUACAGAAUGUGCUUUACGUGCCAGACGCCAAACAUAAUCUGCUCAGCGUUGGACAGCUGAAUGAGCGGAACAUUGACGUUUCCUUCAAGAACAAGAAGUGCAUCAUCACAAAGAAAAAUGAUUAUGUAUUGCAUGCAGAAUAUGUUGAUCGUUUGUUUGUUUUGUAUUAUGAUGAUGUGGUGCAGGAUGACACUUGUUGCAUUGCAGGUUCUAACAAAAGUUUGCAUGCAGAAUGUAUUCACGAUUUUCAUCGAAAAUUUGGUCAUUUGCAUUUUGAGGCAGUAUCUAAAAUGCCUGCCUUGGUUGAAGGUAUGACUAUUAAACCCUGCAGGUACCACAUGAAGUGCAAAGCAUGCGCAGCAAACAAGGUGAAAAUGGCUGCGAAAGGUAAGGUGUCUAGUAGGAAAGCUACAGAACCAUACCAGGUUGUUCAUGCUGAUUUGGUUGGACCACUAGCGCCCUCUUUGGGUGGGAAUAGAUACUUCAUGGUUCUCAUUGAUGCAUUUUCUAGAUAUAUUUUUGUGUACAAUCUCAAGCAGAAAUCGGAGGCUUUUCCUAGGUUCAAGGAAUUCUGUGCUUGGUUGGAAAAUGUGCAUGGUAAGAAGAUAAAGACUCUUUUCAGUGAUCGCUGGGGAAUUCACUUCUCAGCAGUUUGAAGCUUUUCUGACUGAGAAAGGAAUUCAACACGAUUUGUCUAGUCCUCGCUCGCCAUGGCAGAAUGGACUUGCGGAACGGGCAAAUCAGACUUUGCUUCAAGGGUUAAAAACCUUGCUGCAUGAUGCCAAUCUUCCAGAGAGUUAUUGGGCCGAAUCUCUCUCGUGUUUUGUUUACAGUUACAAUCGCAGGUUAUCUUCAGCGAUUGGUUGUACUUCUAUGAGAAGAUGUUUGGCAAGAAGCCAUACAUCAAACACAUGAAGAUUUUUGGUUCUGACAUGUGGGUUCGCUCACCACAAAACUCCAAGUUAGACAAGCGUGGAUUGCAUGGUAUCUUUCUAGGUUAUCAGAAAGGGUCUUACAGAAUAAUGAUGACUGACUCUAAGACAAUUAAGCUCACGAGAAGUGUUGAGUACAAUGCAAAGUGGGGAGAGAAUGUGGGAAUUUUCCAAUGUUAUCCUGAUGACGGUGAUGAGACUGAGGAUAGUCAAAAGCAACCACAACAACCCACACCCACUGAUGAAGGUUCUGAGUCUGAAUCUGAAACUGAAUCGGGUGAUUCAGAGGAUUUCGAGAGUGCGAAAGCCUCUAUGCGACCCUCUGAAAGCUCUGAUCAAGAAUUGGAGGAACCAUUGUUCACAAUAGGUCGUUUUUCUCCUAAGAAGGAAGAGGAGAGUGUUGAAGACUUAAGGCUAAUUCGUAGGUCACAGAGAGCCACAAAAGGCAAACCUCCAAAGAGAUUUGCUGAUGAGUUUGCUAAGAUAGCAGUAACAGCUGUUAAAAGCUCCAAGAAGGUAUUUGAACCUUCAAGUUUCCAAGAAAUCCAGGAUUUGGAUUCAAAGGAAGCUGAGCCAUGGUUAAAUGCCAUGAAGGCUGAGCUUGAUUCCUUAGAAAGGAACAAAACAUGGGAGCUAGUUCCAGUAGUUCCAGGAAUGAAACUGCUUGGAAGCAAAUGGGUCUUCAAAGCGAAGACAGAUCAAAAUGGCAAGAUAGUCAGACACAAAGCCAGAUUGGUAGCCAGAGGUUUUGCACAGGUACCAGGUGAAGACUAUCACGAGACCUAUUCACCCACAGUGAGAUAUGAAAGCAUUAGGCUUAUGCUUAAGCUUAGCUGCAGAGGAAAAUCUACACAUUAGUCACCAUGAUAUUAAUACAGCUUUUCUGUACGGAUCUCUAGAUGAAUCACUUUAUAUGCUUCCACCUGAUGGCGUACAGGUAAAACAGGGAUUUGUUUGUGCUCUGAAGAAAUCCCUUUAUGGUCUCAAACAAAGUGCACGGUGUUGGCACACAAACUCACUGAAGUAUUGUUUUCUAGGUUUUCAGCAAGGGAAAGCUGAUCCAUGUGUAUUUGUCAAAGAGGAGGGGCAAAAGAAACUGUACUGUUUGUUUUAUGUUGAUGAUUUAUUAUUCUUUUGGAAAGAUGUCGCAAUGUACAAUAGCGCCCUAGCUCAACUGAAAGAGCACUUUGACAUGAAAGAUCUUGGUGAGGUAAACAACUACCCAUCUCUGGAAAUAGAGAGAGAUCAAGAUGGUAACAUUCUAGUACACCAGUCACGGAAAAUUGCUGAUGUGUUAAGCAAACUAAAUCUGAUGGAUGCUAACCCUGUAGACACACCGAUGACAACAGGUUAUCAGGUAGAUGACACUGAAGAAGCAUUUUCUGACACUACACUGUACAGGAGUGUGCUAGGCAAGCUAAACUUCAUUGCCAGAUGUUCAAGACCAGACAUUGCUGUUAGCUGUAAUUUGCUAAGCAGACAAGUCAACAAUCCUAGUGUCAAGGAUUGGAAAGUUCUGAAACGCAUAGCGCGGUAUUUGAAAGGCACUAUGCAUUACAGACUGAGAUUUAGCAAUCAGAAGUCUGGUGGUCUUGAGAUAUUUGCAGAUGCAAGUUUUGGAAGUGACACUACAGACAGGAAAAGUACGUCUGGAGUUUGCUACAUGUACAAUCAGAGUCUGUUUGAUUGGUCAUGCAAGAAGCAAACAACAGUUAGCUUAAGUACUUGUGAAGCCGAACUAAAUGCACUGUCUUAUUCACUUAAGGAUUGUGAAUGGUUAGUACAAUUGUGCAAAGAUAUGAAAAUUCCUGUCAAAUGUCCAAUCCAGGUUUACCAGGACAACAAAGCAUGUUUGGCUUUGCUGAAGUCUGAAGGUUGUAAGCAAAGCACAAAGCACUUACAAUUAAAGUUGCAGCAUGCUAGGGAAUGUAUUCAGAAGGGACUCGUAACGGUGUCCUAUAUGCCAGGUAAUGAAAUUCCUGCUGAUGUAUUGUCCAAGAUUGUAUCAAGGGAUCAACACUGUACCUAUGUGCAGAAGUUGGGUUUGUACUGAUACUGUACGAACACGCUGCCCAGUGAUGUUCACAGAAAAGGGGAGGAUGUUGGUUUCUGCUUUCCUUCACUGUGCAGCUCUGCUUGUCACGAGACAGGUGUUUACAUUCCACAGUCUGUACUGUUGGAGUUUCUCACGGGAAAGGAGACUGGAUGUGACGUACACUGGUUUCCUGUUUUUCACUGUGUGAUUCUCUCCGAGCUGUCGAGGAGAGAGGAUGCAUUUUUCUGCUCCGGCAGAGGCAAGAUGUCUUUCUGUAAUAUACCAGCUUUGAACUGUAAAUAAAGCAAUAUAGAGUAUGUAGCACGUAUUCCUCAUCCUUCCGCUGGGCACGACAGACUCUGCUUAAAUCAACAGUAUUGUGGUCCUGAGCCGCUGAAGGCUUUUGAGAAAACUUGUGCCACCACACUAAAGAUGGAUGGCAGGACUAUGAAGCACCACCAGGACAACCUCAUCAGAGAACUAUGGCAGUCAAAUGGCUAUGGAGGGGAGAGGUGGCUUCUCAGUUAAAUUUCUGUAUAGACUCCAGCUUGACCAUUUCCACCAAAGAGCUCAUAAAUCUUGGGUAUGUGUGGGAUAGUACAACGGUCCCUUGAUGAGCAUUUGACAGGCCACAGUUCAUAACAUUCAGUACCAAUACUGCUGAAGUAGCGCAGGCCUUUUCUAAACAGAUUCUGGAAACGAGAUAGGCUACUAGCUCCCUCUUGCCCUGCUGGACUCAGAAAACCUGGAAGCAGUUCUGAGUCCACAUUUAUUUUUUUUAAGCAAGGGAAAAAUUGAUUUGAUUAAAGGUUUUGGGUUCUUUUUUUUAAGCUAUCAAAAACUCCUGCAGCAUAACCUACUUGUGUUCUCCAGCCUAGUGCUAGUGUAGCUAUUGCAGUUCCCUCCAGAUGUUGAUGGACUCCAUCAGCUGCAGUCAACAUGGGCAAGGGGUGAUGGGUGUUGGUGUCAAAAGGUACCACUGGUCUAGUGAGAUCAUCUGUAAUAAAGGAAGCUAGAAAUUGCUUGUGUCCGGAUCAAUUCUUUUUUUGCCCUCUACCUCUAGACCACAGUAUUGUAUUAAAGCAAGAGAAAUGGACUGGUGUUUUGUACGUAGAAGAAUAGAGAGAUUAUUUUUGUCCUAGUGAAUAACUGUGAAUGCUUUCAGCAGAAAGGUCCACUUUAUCAAAUUGAUGAAUGAUGUCAUCAAGUCACUUUCCCCAGUGUUAGAAUUGUACAUUGUUAGCAAGUGGCAUUUCCUGGAGCUUCUGCAUGUAUAUAUAUAUUCUUGUAUGGACCUUCAAAAUGGCACAAAGCACUCUAGUGUGAUGGUUACUGAGUGCAUUGUUUCUGCAUUAGGAAUCAUGAGCACCUAUUGUUACAGCUCAGCAAAGGGCAUAUUUUUAGAAGAGCACAUGAAUCAAAGAAACAUCUGGUGCCCUAAGAUUACUUUCAGGCAAUUCUAAACUCUUGCAUUAAAAAGGCAAUGACUGUUGCUAAAAAAUAAAGUCUGAGAUCCUAGAAUUCAGAACAUAUGAUUAUACAAAAAAGAAACCCAAAAUAUACGAUAAUUUGACUAAAUAUUCCACUCAUAUUUAUGUCUAAAACAGCUACCCUGGAACUGGAAUCAGAGCCUGAAAGUCCUUUAGCACCUCCUGCAGAUCUGUUAGAGCCACUGGGUCAUUAUGAGUGGACUUUCCGAGAUCUUGGUAAGUAUGCAUUGAUAUCAUGGCCCCCCUAGAAAAAUAUUGUUAAGUCGCUUUAAAAUAUUGUAAGCCACUUUGAGCUGCAGUGGCAAAAAAUGCGACUAGUAAAUUAAAUAGAUAAGCAAAUAAACAAACAAUAGAAUCUCAGCCUAAAGACUUUGGGGAUGGAUUCAGACUUGCCCUCUUGCAAAUGGAGGCUCCUUCCAUUCAUGAAAGGGUGGUCCCACUGAAGGAAAGGCAGGGCAACUUUCCGCUGUUCCUGAAGGUCCCCCAAUCCUUUGGAGCAGGUUUUCAGGGGAUCCUGAGUUUUGCAAUGCAGAAUCAGCAGCAACGAUCUGCUCCCUCAAACAGAGAAGAGUUCUCCCUAGAACUAGUCUGGAUCCAACCCAAUCGAUGCAUUACUGCCAAAGAACAAUACGUUAUACAGUGGUACCUCGGGCUAAGUACUUAAUUCGUUCCGGAGGUCCGUUCUUAACCUGAAACUGUUCUUAACCUGAAGCACCACUUUAGCUAAUGGGGCAUCCUGCUGCUGCUGCGCCGCCGGAGCACAAUUUCUGUUCUCACCCUGAAGCAAAGUUCUUAACCUGAGGUACUAUUUCUGGGUUAGCGGAGUCUGUAACCUGAAGUGUCUGUAACCCGAGGUACCACUGUAAUGCAAUGCAAGUUUCUACUUGCUACCGUGGAAUGUCUUGGGCUGGCACUGUAUGAUGGAAGUACCCAAGGCUGCCUCCAUAGCACAUCUGUAACCAUGGCCAAUAGAGCUCACCUAGCUGAGAAUCUGUGCAGAAAACCCUUUCACUGACUAUCAGCCGAAAGAACUAGAGAAAGGUGGGAUUCCAUUUUCAGACAGAAUAUAUAUUUGACAGAUAGAUGCUGCAUGUUAAUUACAACAGUUAAAAAUGUGUAUCAAGGUCUGUUCAUAUGUUUCCCUGGUUCAUUUAGUUGCCAAUGGCCAGAAGAUAGAAAGCAGAAUGAUGAGAAUUAUUAUUAUUAUUAUUAUUAUUUAGUCGUUUAGUUGUGUCCGACUCUUAUUGACCCCAUGGACCAGAGCACACCAGGCACUUCUGUCUUCCACUGCUUCCUACAGCUUGGUCAAAUUCAUCCUGGUAGCUUCGAGAACACUAUCCAACCAUCAUGUCCUCUGUCGUCCCCUUCUCCUUGUGCCCUCCAUCUUUCCCAACAUCAGGGUCUUUUUCAGGGAGUCUUCUCUUCUUAUGAGGUGGCCAAAGUAUUGGAGCCUCAGCUUCAGGAUCUGUCCUUCCAGUGAGCACUCAGGGCUGAUUUCCUUAAGAAUGGAUAAGUUUGAUCUUCUUGCAGUCCAUGGGACUCUUCUUCUUCUUCUUCUUCUUCUUCUUCUUCUUCUUCUUCUUCUUCUUCUUCUUCUUCGCCUCAGCUCUAUGGGGGAUUUUCCUUAGCUUUCAGGUUUUCACUGUUAUCCCACCCCACCCGCUUUGUCAGCACCAGGAAAUCAUUGAAGAUGAAGGCUAAUUCUUCUUUAAAUUCUCCCAUCUAGGCAGAAAAAAAUUAGUUCCGCCUCCAGAGGUAAUGCAAAAGUUUAGCGAACAGAGAAACAACCCAGUGUUUCUGCAAUGCAGGUAAGAAAUGUUUGUUUAUUUUCCUUGUCUUGGAAAGCUGCCUUUCUAAGGUCCUAGCACUGGUAUGAAUCACACCCCACGCCCUGCAAAAAAGGUGCAAGUACCCACAGACUGAAUCUCCUGAGCCUAUAGGAUUGGGCCAAGCAAAAAUUCUUUGGUGGCUGGUGCCUAUUGAGAUGGUUAGGGCAGAAGACUGGCUGGCCAACAGUAGCUAGAGUCAUAAAAUCAUAGAAUCUUAGAGUUGGAAGGGACCCCAAGGGUCAACUAGUCCAAACCCCUGCAAUGCAAAGGCAAUUACAGGUUUUCCUUGUUUCAUUCCCACCCUCUAAACUGCUGAUCUCUAAAAGGAUGAAGUGGAAGCUAAGCAGGAGGAAGUUGACAGCCAGGGCCACCCCUAGGCUAGUUGUAAUAAAAAAAAGGGGGGGCAGGCAUUUGGGAUGCUGGCUUAAGGCAGACUGAGGUUAGUGGGGCAGCACCCAAUUUGCCCUAAUGGACCACAGUGGGCAUGUUUGCACCAGGAACUUGCUACUCCAUAGAGUCAGCCACUCCUCUCCCCCAGCCACUACAUUAAGCCCAUGCUGUUUGCCUCUAGUCAUUUUGUUCCAGGCAGCAAUGGUCAGGUGGUUCGUGUGAUGGCCCUGUUUUGAGCAAAGUGCACAGAACCAGCUGCUGAGAAUGGAUGGGGCUUUCAAAACUCCAUCGUUAGGAUCCAUUUGCCUCUACAUAAAAGGAGCAAGAUUAUACGUGUCUGUGUGUUUCAGAGGUUUUGCGCUGCCUGUAAUCUUUAGAACGGGGCUGUCGAGAAAAGGCAUAUCAAUAUAAUUUGACAGAGAUAAGGAAACUGCAACCAGCCUAGAGCACAAGAAUAUUAGAUAAGAACAGGCAUGUUAUUUAAUAAUUUGUUUUGGUUAACUUGAGGCUGGCAGUGAUUUUUAUUCCCCACCCAUUCAUUAUUGUGUUAUGGACACUGAGAGAGCCCUGACGGCAACGUCAUAGAGGCCGUGUAUCGCACCAAGAGAUGUGAUUGCCUUCACUUCUUCAUUCCAUGUUUGCAUUUUUGGAGCUCCUGAACGACUGCUACGGGUAUUAAAUUCAUUUAUGUAUGGUUUAGAAACGAGUGUGUGCUGUGCCGUUAAUCCACAGGAUCCCAAGAAUGACAGAUGACAUGGCCAGAAAUGCGCUCUUCAGCUUUGUCGAUUCCAAAUGUUGCUAUGGCAACAGAGCUGCAGGAGAGCUUGUCAUUCAGGAACUGAAGCCGCAAACAUUGUACAGGGUGAGUAUCCCCAGAUGCGCUUCCAACAGGUGUAAAUUAGACAAGAGUUAGGGAAGGGAAGUGGCUUGAUGCAGACAUUUAAGCACUCCAAUCCAUCUGAUUGAUUUCAGUGGGACUUUAGCAGCGUCUCAUAGCUAAAAAUAUUUACCAGGCACAUGCUCUCCACUGAGGUCUCUUCCCUUUAAUCUUCAGUGCGCAGGUUAUUCAGUCUGCAUUUGCUCAGAGGCAUGCUUCCAGGAGCAGAGGGUGGGGCAGGGUGUUGCUUACCUGACCUGGCAGCAGAAUUGCUUUUGCUUGUCAGGAAUAGGAGUGGGAGGGGCAAGGCGGUGGGGAAGUCUGUGCUGUGCAAAUGCACCUGCAGGAACAACAUGCUGGCUUCAUUGAUGUGUUUGCACAGCUCCAGCCACCCUGGCAUCUUGAUCCUCCCACUCUCCCUCUUGGUAAGCAGGAGCAAUUGUGCUGCCAGGAGGCCAGGUAAGCACUGCUGCCCCACCCUGCCCUCACUGCUGCAACCCUCUUAAUGAUUAUUUCAUAUACCUGAGGGCCAGGACGGGCCCAAGGCAUUUUGGCACCGGAGGCGAACCACAAAAUGGUGCCCCUCACCCUGUGUCAGGAUGUAAAGUCAGUUGGAGUCAGUUGUAAAGGUAAAGAUAAAGGGACCCCUGACCAUUAGGUCCAGUCAUGGACAACUCUGGGGUUGCAGCGCUCAUCUCGCUUUAUUGGCCGAUGGAGCUGGCGUACAGCUUCCAGGUCAUGUGGCCAACAUCACUAAGCUGCUUCUGGCGAACCAGAGCAGCGAACGGAAACACUGUUUACCUUCCCGCUGGAGUGGUACCUAUUUAUCUACUUGCACUUUGACAUGCUUUCGAACUGCUAGGUUGGCAGGAGCAGGGACCGAGCAACGGGAGCUCACCCCGUCGCGGGGAUUCGAACCUCCAACCUUCUGAUCAGCAAGCCCUAGGCUCUGUGGUUUAACCCACAGUGCCACCUGCGUCCCUAUGGAGUCAGUUGUAGGUCAGCAAUAAAACAAUAAAUCAACCAAGGCCAGUGACUCUUUAUUCAAGGAAACAAAUUGCAGCUCCAGCCCAGUGGUCUCAGCAACCCUUUCCUGGACCUCUUGCCCUGAUGAAGCAGUUGCGAGGGCGGAAAGUCCCCACCUUUCUAGUGCUGACUAGGACUCUUCCUCUCCAAGCUGCAUCUGGGCAUAACCAUCCUCUGCUCUGGCCUUUUCAUUUCUCAGUGUGUUCUACAAUCCCAGGGGGAAGGGGAGCUGGAUACAGCAGGAGGAGAGACUCCCUGACUUCUUCUGCAGCAGGCCUCUCUGCCUCUUGGCCCCACUCCCUACAGCCCCCGCUGCUACCUCUGAGUCUGAACCGUGCUCUGCCACAGCCUCUUCCUGCUCACUAAGUCCUGUUACCUCUUCAGCUUCCGACACACCCUCCUCCCAGUCUGCUCCCUCUGACCACUCAUCAUCGUCCCACCACAAAUCCUCUGGCUCUGAGCCUUCUUCCCCUGGGGGUUCCCCAGCUGGUGCCUCCCACCAUUCCUCUGCAUCCAGCCAGUCCAUGACCCCCCCCCCACCAGGGAAGAAAAGGGGAGUGAUGAUCUACAUCAGGAACAAUGGGGGGGGGGGAAAUAAAGAUCAACAUUGGGAACAGGAUUUGGGAGAAGACCAACAGUGCCUCCUAUUCACUGAGAGGCCACUGUGGAGGAAACAUUAGGGCGGCGGGGGGAGGCUGUGAAGGAGGUGGUAGAUGUGGCCUUCAAGGAGCUGCAGCUGUCUCUAGCACUGUGGCAGGUGACGCAUUCCUUGCAGACUGCCACUUGGUGGAUCCUGCUGCUGAGGCAGUCACCUCAUUUUGCCUCAUGGGUGGGCCACUCUUGCCGAGACCUAAGUCUCAUAAAUAAAAACUGGUUCAUGUACAUGAGUCUUGGUGACCAGUGGCACAAAAUGAACAUGCCAAAUUUGGUUUGUGAGAGGCUGAGAUUACUUUAUUGUUGUGAGAUGACUGAGAAUAUGAGGAACAGGAGGGCAAUGAAGCAGAGAUAUGAUGAAGCGGAGAGGUGGGGAGAAAUUUGCUCCUUGUUCAAUUACUUUCAGGAGUUGUGGGAUGGCAUGGCAGGCCACUGGUCCAUCACAGACUACCAUCUCAAAAUGUCCCCAGACAACUCUACUUGCUGAGCACGGCUUAAAGUGAACAAAAUAUUUCCUAUUUACUUUCAGUGAUAAUUACAGUUUCUAGUAAUUGCAUUUAAUUACAAUAUUUAUUUCUCCACAGUAUCGGCUGGAAACCUUUACUGAAACAAGAUUAUGUGAAUGGACUUUUGAGCCUUAUACCAGUGAGUAAUUUUCAUGAAUAGUGAAUCAUCCAUUUUGAUUGCAGUUGUGUCAUUGUAAUCCAAUGUAAUUUGUCACCUAAUCAUGCUUUGUACAGAGCCCUAAAAAAUCUAGCUUCAUUUUACUUACAACCAUUCUGUCAUAACUGAUAGUGAGCACACAGCCACGUGGAUGGCUGAUUCCCUGUAACACCUGUCCAUGAAAUCAGGAGAAUUUGUUCACACUUUAAGCGAACCUACCACACCCACAGAAUCAAUAUAUGAAUCAAAACAACUUCUCCUUCAAAAUCCAAACUAUUUGUAACGUAAUUCUCCAGUAAAAGAAUGUGCACAGAAAUGUGCAUAAUAGUGAAAAAAUGAAAAUAACAUACAAAAUGCAUGCAAUUAAGGGAGAAUUCCUUGCAGAAAAAUACACACACUAGGCUGUGGUUUUUCAACGUGAUGCCCAUGGGUAUCAUGGGGCCUGCAAAGGGCUUCAGUGGUGCCCUCAAGCUUGGGAGGCAGACUCAGGGAUUUCUUUUCUUUUUUCUUUUUAAAAAGGAAGUCCUAGAAAUAAAGCUAUGAAGCAAAAUGUGCAGUUAUCCUUCUAAGUGAUUUCUGGAAAUAAGUGAGCCUGUCAGUGUUUUCAGCCAAUGGGCGAAGUCAGAGCUGUCAUUGAUAAGUGAGGUGUGUGAACACCAGGCAACAGGAACCCCUGGGUUCCUAAAGAGCUUAUGUUUUCCUCUUCCCUUUGCGUGUUCAGACCUUUAAACCUUCCCCUUAAAUAAAUUCAGACAAGACUCAAAUUUUGGUUUGGUUUUUGGCAGAAUUUAGGCCACAACUUUAUUGAUUACAGCAAGUGAGUGGUUGCAUAGGCUCUGGUUCAACUAGCUCCCUGCACCCUUGCAGGCAGCGCUGACCCAGGGCACCAGUAUAGGUCAGCCUAGGGCGAACACCUGGAUAAGCGGAAAGUUGGGAACAGGCUAUGUCCACCAACCAAAUGUCCCCCUGAACUCAGGCACGGGCACAACCCCCUCUCAGGGGUUGACCAAACCAUUGAGUCCCUGGAUUCCUUUAACACAAUACCCUUCAUAUAGGGAUGGCGAGAGUGUUCCCCCAUCCCUAUCACCUGAAGCAGAGCCUAUCCGCAACCUUACAAGUUGUGAUGAUUUGCUACGUGGCAGGUGAAACCCAAAUGGCAACAGCCAAUCAGCCAAGUGGGGAAAUUCCUGCCGUGCCCCAGUUCCAACGACAGACGACACAAGACGGCAUAGCAAGGUCAAACGCAACAAGCCCUGAAAGUAGGGAGAGGUGGGCGGGUAUUCCGAUGCACAAACCGAAAGAGGAAGCUCUGGGUCCCUUGAUCCCUUUAGGCUGAGUCCCAUUGGCCUGAUUAAACCCAGCAUCAAGGGACCUACCAACUGGGUGCUGUGGCUAUCCAAACGUACCCACCCACAGCACAGGGUUUGGUGGCCAGGUCUCACCACAACACGUGCUCUCUUUUAGGGAGGACCCGAUUUAGUGCACUUUUCCUGCAUCUGUCUUGCUUUCUAGUAGUCCUUGGAAUUUCCAUACUUCGCCUUUCCAUUCUUCCUAGCAACCAGGAUGUGUUUUUUUCCUGUGAAGGGUUCAUCUGAGAUCAGGUACUCUCUAAAAUUUACUGUUUGCAGAAUAAGUGGGAAGUGAAUGUUAAGCAAUCCCCUCCCCCAAUGGCAAAUGCAAAACGUGAUAACUUUGCAGAGAAGCUUAUACAGUGGUACCUCGGGUUACAAACGCUUCGGGUUACGAACUCCGCUAACCCAGAAGUAGUUGCUCCAGGUUGCAAACUUUGCCACAGGAUGGUGGCGCCGCGGCAGCCGGAGGCCCGUUAGCGAAAGCAUGCCUCAGGUUAAGAACAGUUUCGGGUUAAGAACGGACCUCCAGAACAAAUUAAGUUUGUAACCUGAGGUACCACUGUACAGAUAUCCUGCUGUGCGGGAGCUGAUGUUCGGGCACGCUUUAAGAAUUCACUGCACAACUUACAGUACAGUGGUAUACAUGUCUACUUCAGAAGUUAGAUGAGUCCUGGCCUUUGACACCAGAAAUUUAACAGACAAUCUGAAUGCUGUUAACACUUCCAAAAUAAUCAACAGAGGGCAAAGGGAAACUGGUAUCUCAUAUGCCAAUCAAUAUAUCUCUAAAUAUUUCAGAAGCUGAUGAUUCUUGCCUCUCAAACAGAUUGCUUCCAUGCCACGAACAUUUCAUAAAGCAUUCAGUUUUUGUUCAUUUUGUGCAUAAUAUGUUCCUUCAUAUCAGUGCUUUUUUUCUGGAGGUAUGCUGGGGUACGCAUACCCCUAAACAUUUUGUGAAUAUUUGUACUUGUGUUCAUUUACUGUAUUUAAUUUUCCUGAUUUGAGCUAUAAAACGGUGAUUUUCUUGAGUCAAAAUGAGAGUAACCCUAAGCAUUUUUUUUUUUUAGAAAAAAGCACUGCUUCAUAUGAUUGUCAGAUCAUUUGAACUUUGACUCAGCACAGAAAAGUUCCCAGUUACUUUAGGAAAAGGCCUUUCCUUCAAGUUAUCACGGGCUCACAAAAGAACCCAAAGUUAAAAGAAAAAAGGUUGCUUGUACUAUCAGUAUUAUAAAGGUGAAGUGUAAUGGCUUUCCUGGAAAAGUAAUAAACUCCUACUAAAGUGAUUGGCACGGCCUGUUGUACAAAGCAGCUGAGAGUUGCUGAAGAGAGCUGAAAGGUUCUCUUUACUAACUUCAUCCCCCUCCCCAGUUUUGUGGGGGCUUUGUGAUGUCUUUGGGUAGCUGGAGGCAGCCAUUAUUGCUAUUCAAAAAGGCAACUCUUCUCUAGAAACUUCUUGCAAAGUGUGAAAUACCCCAGUGCCUGUCAAGGAGCUCAGACAAACAUCCCUGGAAAGAAUGAAUUCACUUAUUGAUCCAAAGGAGCAGUCUGGACAAAGAAACUGCACAGAUAAUCUCUGCACAACUUGAUGAACCCCUAGAAAACUUGAACAUUAUAUCUGGAUCUUGGGUCCACUAGACAAAUGUAACUCAGCAUGGAAAAAAUAUAGCUACUGAAUAGCUAGCUGUAUUAUCUAUUUUAACUAAGAACUCUUUCGAUAAUUUAGUUUAAUGGAUAUAUUAAUCAAGGAUCUAAAAUGUGGAACUAUAUAUUCACAUGGUACUCAAUUUUUAGUCACAUUAAGCAAAGUUUUUUCAAAAGAAUUCUAGUAUUCCCUCUAAUUAUAAUAAGAAGGGUGAGCAGCAAUAUGCCGAUCAGGGUGAAGCAAAACAGGACCGCCUGUAAACAAAGCAGAGAUUUCUCUGUUCCAUCUACUAUUUGAUUUCAAUGGGCUUAAGUGGUGUUUGGGUUCAGAUUAUGGUCUCUAGGCUUGCUAAAAUAUUGUGUUUAUGUUAUUUCUUUCUAUCAGAUAUUUUGGUAGAUGGGCCACAAAAUGGCACAUCUCCUCAACCAUGGGAUAUUAAAGUCCAAGUUCCACAGAUGUUUCAGGAAGAUACAAAAAAGUUUCGCAUUCCUCACUCUUCUUUAGUAAAGGUAAUUUGUCAAUCAUGGGUUGAAAAUCAAGCAUUAAGUCACAUUAUUAUACCUCAGUUAUGCUGGUUUCUUGAUCUGCUUUAUCACACAGCUCUGUGAUGGUUAAUAUUUUGUAGGUGGUUUUCAUUUACAUACCCUUUGCUUUCAUUUGCCGUAGGUAAAAAAUUCUGUUGCCCUUGGUAGUUCAGUUAGGCUGCCACAGUCAUUCCCUUGAACGAAAUGAGACUUACCUCUGAGUAGACAUGCAUAGGAUUGUACUGUUCUGCUUCCCCAGUUAAGGCACCACCAUUCAUUUUGUUUAAGACAAUGGCAUGCAAUUGCUGGAAAUACUUGGCAGAAAUCUGUAUUUGUGCACCAUUUAUAUUUCAGGAAUGCCACAAGUGUCAUGGUCGUGGCCGAUACAAAUGCAGUGGGUGUCAUGGUGCAGGCAGAGUGAGUAUUGGCUGCGUCCUCUCCAGUUCAAUUCCUUCUUUCUUCUGUGUUCUCAGUGUUAUCACUUGUGCCACUUGUACAGCAAUCCUGUUUAGUCAUUUCAUGUUGUAAUCUGUGUUGAAAAAUCCAUAUAUAUACCAGAAGGAAAGCAGUGCCUUGCAUACUUAAAAAUACCAAAUGUGUUGGGGAAUGGCAUGUUCAGGCAGACAUUUCUGACAUUUGGGGGAAAGCUGUUACUUCUAGAACCGCAUAGCUAUCAACUUACAGAUUUGAAAAUAAGGGACCAGCAGCCUUGAAAAUAAGGGAUCAGCAGCCAAAAUAAGGGAUUUUCUGAGCACAGGUAUGUUCAACUUCUGAGCCCCUCCGAGCCAAAGGCAGAAAGCCCAGCCAGCAGUCAAACGAAGCCUCAAGCGGUGGUUCCCACAGCACAGCAACCCGGCAAAGGGGAUGCAGCAAGGGGAACCACCGUCACCUCUCCGCUGGGAAGCGCUGAGCAAAGGCGAGUCCCCAGGCAACGCGGCCGAUUUGAUUGGCACAAGGCAUGCAAGCUCCACCCCCCAGUCAUUCUUAGACUCCUUAUUGGGUGAGCAACGCAGCCAAGCAACACAGUUGGAGCCUCCCUCCUCCCUGGCUGGCAGGGAGGGAGGGAGAGGAGAUGCUUCUUUUGAAACCUGGUGAAUUUAAGGGACAUCAUCAAUAAGGGACAGCAGCGGGAGACAGCGCUGGGGUAAGGGACUUUCCCACCAAAUAAGGGAUGGUUGACAGCUAUGUAGAAUCGUGUAAUCUGUUCUGUUGUUGUUGUUGUUGUGGUGCACCUUUAGAUGAGGUGUGUGACAUGCAGUGGAGCCAGACAUAAAGCAAAAGCGAAACACCUGAAACAUCAAAAGCGAUGCCAGAUGUGUUCAGGUAGCGGACGUAAGAGGUAAGUUUUUUGAGGUGGGAUAUUCUUUCUCUCUCUCUCUCUCUCUCUCUCUCUGAUAGAUACUACUUUACUUAUUAAAUACUUAGGAUAAUUUCUGCCAACACCAAUGGAACUUAAGAAUUAAAUAAAUCAAGGGAGUCCUACUAUAAAACGAUAAAUCCCAAUCCAAAAGCAAAGGCAUACACACAUACGUAUAUCUAUUGCAGGAGCUCUUAGAGUCUUUUCCUGCAGUGAUUGCCCCAUUAGCUGAACCACCGAUUACCUGAAAGGAAGAGCUGACAUGAAAGGGAGGCUUGACUGUGUUGCCAUGGUGACAGAGAUGCUUCUUUCCAUGCAAGGAAGGCUGGCCGAAUUGGGGUGAGGGGUGGGUGUGCUGCUAUCCCCCCUGCAGCUGGUUAUUCAUAAGCUAAGGAGGGCUGCCCACAGAAGCUUUCUAACCCAGAAAGAGAAGAGAAGGAAUGAGGAUGAUUUCAUGCCCUCUGCUCAGCCGAGUCAUGGUUGUCCCCCUUCUCAUUUAAUCCCCACAGCAACCCUGUUAGGUAGGUAAGGCUAAGAGGCAGUCAUUGCCCCUAGGUCACCCAGAUAGCUUUAUAGCUGGGUGGGAUUGGAACUCUGAUCUUCCAGGUCCUAGUCUCACACUGUGACCACUGUUCCACACUGGCAUACAGGGAAAUAAAGAAAUGGUGAGCACCUCUGCAUGCUGGCCAUGUUUUUGUGGUGGCAAUAUGUAGGCAAGAUCUCCCUACGGCUCAACGGACCCAUCAAAUGCAUUGCUAGACAUGCAGGCACUGCAUAUAUGGGAUGGCCUACAGGUACCUCCUAGGUGUGAGCCCAGCAGUCCCAUGACUCCCCAGUGUAGUGGUUAAGAGCAGUGGUCUCGUAAUCUGGUGAACUGGGUUCAAUUCCCCCCCCCCCCAUGCAGCUGCUGGGUGACCUUGGGCUAGUCAAACUUCUCUGAAGUCUCUCAGCCCCACUCACCUCACAGAGUGUUUGCUGUGGGGGAGGAAGGGAAAGGAGAUUGUUUUUUUUUAAAUAAUAUUUAUUACUUUCCAACAAUUUAGACAUUACAUAGAAAAAGAAAACAAACAAUACAAUACAAUACAAAAACAAUACCUAACACUAAACUAACAAAAACAAUUUAAACUAAGAAAACCAAACAAAAACAAUUUAAAACCCAUCAAAUAGUUUCAGUCUUUCAUUCACUUAUUUCCAUGACCUCCUCACACCUCCCUUUUUGUAUUCCACUUCUAUUAGUUGUUUCAGCAAUUCCUUUCCAACUUCCUCUGCUUUCUAUCCUAUAAUUAUCUUAACACCUUUUAACCUUAUUUUCCCCUUUAAUUCCAUAUUAAUCUAUUUAUACUUAAUUCCUUAUAACAUUUCUACUGAAGCCAUAUAACUUCAUUCCAACAUUUUUCUAACAUUCAUUAAUUUUACAAUAUUUCUGUAAAUAUUCUUUAAACUUUUUCCAAUCUUCUUCCACCGACUCUUCUCCCUGGUCUCGGAUUCUGCCAGUCAUUUCCGCCAGUUCCAUAUAGUCCAUCAACUUCAUCUGCCAUUCUUCCCGGGUGGGUAAAUCUUGUGUCUUCCAGUACUUCGCGAUGAGUAUUCUUGCUGCUGUUGUAGCAUACAUAAAGAAAGUUCUAUCCUUCUUUGGCACCAGUUGGCCGACCAUGCCCAGAAGAAAGGCCUCUGGUUUCUUCAGGAAGGUAUAUUUGAAUACCUUUUUCAUUUCAUUAUAAAUCAUCUCCCAGAAUGUCUUAAUCCUUGGGCAUGUCCACCAAAGGUGAAAGAAUGUACCUUCGAUCUCAUUACAUUUCCAACAUUUAUUAUCGGGCAAAUGAUAAAUUUUUGCAAGCUUGACUGGGGUCAUGUACCACCUAUAGAUCAUUUUCAUUAAAUUUUCUCUUAAAGCAUUACAUGCCGUAAAUUUCAUGCCUGUGGUCCAUAACUGUUCCCAGUCAGCCAUCAUUAUGUUAUGUCCAACAUCUUGUGCCCAUUUAAUCAUAGCUGAAAGGAGAUUGUUAGCCAGUUUGAGAUUCCUUAGGGUAGUGAUAAAGUGGGAUAUCAAAUCCAAACUUCUCCUCCUCCUCCUCCUCCUCCUCCUCCUCCUCCUCCUCCUCCUUCUCUUCUUCUUCUUCUUCUUCUUCUUCUUCUUCUUCUUCUUCUUCUAUUGCUAUGUGCACAGGCUCAGAACCUGAGUAGCCUGCAUGCCCAGCUCCGGGAAGGGCAAGGUAACUGGAUUUCUAUUUAUGGAAGACAUGGAUAGGCUGGCCCUUCUAGGUAAAGGCUGAGAACAUUGCAGUAUACUUGGCAGGCACUAUAGCAAGCACUAUGUCCAUCCAGAUUGGGCCUGGCAGGGACGAAAGUAGGGAGCUAAUGGGCUCUCCUGAACUCUGGAGGGGGGAUCCUUGCAGCAUUUGCAGGUACACAGGUGAGACAGAGAAGAAGGAACAAAAGGGAUAAGAAAAAUAUAAACCCAGUUCAUUUCUUCGCAAUAGAUUCUACAUUUUUGGGCUUUUAUCCGUUUACUCAAUAAGCAUAAGCAUAAGAAUAAGAAUAGCAGCAGCAAUAGCAAUAGCAAUACAGUGGUACCUCGGGUUCCAUACGCUUCAGGUUCCAUACGCUUCAGGUUCCAUACACUUCAGGUUACAGACUCUGCUAACCCAGAAAUAAUACCUCGGGUUAAGAACUUUGCUUCAGGAUGAGAACAGAAAUUGUGCUCCGGCGGCGCAGCAGCAGCAGGAGGCCCCAUUAGCUAAAGUGGUGCUUCAGGUUAAGAACAGUUUCAGGUUAAGAACAGACCUCGGAACGAAUUAAGUACUUAACCUGAGGUACCACUGUAGCAACAACAUAGUACUGCCCAGCAAUGCAAACCAGCCAAACUUCAAUGAUUAAGUAUUGAAUUGACAGAUUUCCAUUCCAAAUAGGUCUGACACCCUCAAGCUGUAGAUGAGCUGUGACUUCCUAAAUCUCAUCUGUACAAUGAUAACGUGCAUAUGAAAACCAAUGAAAGUACCUCUGAGCCCAAUAUUAACUUUUUAUACAAGGAAAAUAUUUUUGAAGGUUAUGUCUAUACAGAGGUACUCAGGGCUCAGAGGUACUUUGAUAGGUUUUGUUAUGCACAUUAUCAUUGAGAAACAAGGCUGAUGACACCAUCUGGUUGAGUGAUCCAAAUCUCACCUAAUCCCAUGGAAAAACUUCCAUUUUCCAUUUACAGUAAUACCUCCGCGAACGUCUGCCUUAUCUAGCGUCCAUUCCGGCGAACGUCCGUGGCAAACCCGGAAGUACUGGAACGGGUUACUAUCCGGGUUUGCCGCUCACACAUGUGCAGAAGCGCAAAUGCAGCGCUUUGCCCUGCAUCUUUUUCGGCUAGUGGCCGGGGCUCUGGAACGGAUCCCGGCCGCAAAACGAGGUACGACUGUACCAUAUUUUACAGAGCCUUGUUUUCUUCUGACACCUUCUCCUCCCAGGUUGUCUGCAGUAUGCAGAACCGCUGCCCUUCUGCUUCUCCGACUGCUGAACUAAUUGCCUUUACAAAUGAUCUUUAAGUGAUGCAAAGUAGCUCACCAUUCUUUUAAACUGUUUUUAUUAGGCUCCAUUAUGCUUAAAAUAACAGAGAUGGCAUUGCGGGAUAAUCGUGGCAAUAAUUUUGAAAGCGGGAUCCAUUGGGGCUAGCAACAUCUUAAAGUGCUUUCAUAAAUCAGCUGUUAACUGCUGCUAAUCUGCGUCAUGUUGAUGCAAUCCAAAUUUGCCAAGAACAAACAUAUGCUUUCUACAUCUGUUGUAGGCAGAAUGGCACUUUCCUUGAAAAGGGUCACCUAGUCUUCUAUAGUUUUUAGGGAAACGGCCAUUUUGUGCAGAUGAGCAUUUCAUUUCCUUCAAUGACAUCCUUGUUACUCAGUGAUCUCUGUGCUGGCACAAAUCAUGCAAUUUGAGCAACUUGCUGUUGAGUGUUGAAGUUAAAUAUGUAAAAACACUUCUCCCCUUUUAGCUCCUAAACAUUUACUUCCGGGGUGGCGCCAUCGGUAAUGGCGGAUUCCCUCUGAUCCGGAGGGACCAGCUCCAUGGGAAACGGGUAUUUCCCGCUACAGCGAAGCGGGGACCCUUUCAAAAAUCACAGGCGGAUGAAGCCUGUGACCAUGGGACUCGGCGGGCACCUUUAGCGCCCCCCCAACUCGCUAAGGAACCCACUAACGGGCUCCGGAGCGAAGAGGGGGAAGUGGCGCGGUGCUGAGAGUCAACUGCUUCUUCCGUGGAGCGAAGCCGCACAGCCGUUGCCGGAGAGCGCUGCCUUUUUCCUGGGACAAUUUGGCUUUUAAAACAAUUACCCGUGAGUACUUAAAUUUCGGACAAUUGGACUUUAAAUAAUGAUUUGCGAGUAGAAAGGAAAAUUGGACUGAGAAAUUUACCUCAAUUUGGCACUGAAACGGGAAGGUCUAAACAGGAAGUCAGCCUUCCAUUUCUUGUAGAUAGAUUAAAGCAAAGACAUGGCAAACUAGAGUUCAGAAAAUCGCUUGUAAAGGAUUAACUUUCAUCAUUUAAAAUUGUUGAACCCCCUUCGGAAGCAGGAGAAGAGGGGGAAUUUUUUCUGGACUGUUUAAACCUGCAGAAGAGAGUGUAACGCAAAGUAACUUUCCACCGUCUUGAUCCUGGAGCGGGGUGUCAGGACUGACGUUCUUUGGGAAGCUCAUUGACCAGAGACAAACGUCUUUGACAGAUAGUUAAAAGAAGAGAAACAUAGUGAUUCCAUUGUUCCCCUUCGCAUUUUAAAGGAACAAAUAUUGACAAAAUAUCUGAAAAAGGAAACUUUGUUGUUUAAAUCUGCCUUUAAAAGAAAAGAACAAAUAGAAGCUCUUCCCCUAGAGGAAGCCUGUGAAACUGUUACCAAUUCUGAAUCAGGGAGCUUGCAGCUGCAACAGAUUACGAUCGUGGGAACAGACUUCUGACCUUGCAGAACAAUGUAUUCAGAAGCUCUGCUGCGUGCUUUCUGUAAAACAAGUGCCCUACUGGAACAGCUAAAAGAGAAGAGGGACUUGAUGACUGCUGCGAUCAGAAAUUUUGGACAGGUAGUGGGAAACUAUAUAGAGCCCACCCAGGAAUCAAAUCAGGAGUGUGCUCUGACAGAACAGAUGAGGGAAGAGGAUGUUGCUGAACCUUGGGCGCCAGAGAUGGAGGGAGCUGUGGCCCAGCAGGAACAUGAGUUUUUGGAUUUGACAAAUGAACUUGGAAAAAGCCAGAUUUGGAAAGAUAAAGUUUGGUUUGGUUUGGAAAUGGGGGGUUGGCUAGACCCCCCUAUGCAGGGAUGUUUGGACUUUUCAAGUCUGGCAAUGGGCCGUGAGAUGUUUGGGGUUGAGGGGGCUCUCAAUUCUGGAGGGACUUUGAAACAUGUUUUUAAAUACCACAUGGAGUUUAGUGUGGACUAUGGAAAAGGGGCUGAUUUGUCGAGAAGGGUCAAAAACACUGUUAAGUUGGAGUUCCCACGAGUGAAAGGAGCAGGAGACAAAGUAAAGUACAGGUAUAAAUAUGAAGAAGAGGGACAUGGAAGGGACUUAAGGGCCUCGGACAUAAGAUUACCAGGUUAAUGCGCUAGAUUGAUGGGAUAGAAAGGACUGACAAAACCCGGGACCAGGAGGAAGAGACGCUGGAUGAAGAUUGGAAGAAAUUUUUUUUUUUUUUUUUUAGGAUUGUUUUAUAAAAUUGAUGAACGUUAGAAAAAUGUUGGAACGAAAUUAUUUAGCUUUAGCAAAAAUGUUUAAAGAAUUAUGUAAGAAUAUUAUGGUUAUGAGAAAUUGGUAUAAAUAAGAUCUAAGUUUUAAGUUUUAAGGUCUUUUAUAGUAAGAUAAGAUUAAAAUAGAUUAAGGUAAUGUAAUGACAGAAUAUUAUGAAAUAUGGAAAGGAUUUGCUGUGACAAUUAACAACUAGGAUACAAAAAAAAGGGAGGAGGUCAAAGAAAGAAGGUAAUGGCAGUUAAGGAUUUGAGAAUAUUGGAUUUGUUUUUAAAUGUUUGUGGCAUAUUUUUGUCUUUUGAUUGUGUUGUGUUAUCUUUUGAUUUUGAUUUUUAUCAAUUUGUAUUGUUUGAUUGUGGUUUGUUUUUCCUUUGUUUUUUCUCUCUCUUUUUCUUUCUUGUUUUUUUUUGUAAUUUUAAAAUUCUUAAUAAAUAUCAUUAAAAAUAAAUAAAUAAACAUUUACAUUGGUGGUUAGGGUGGCUCAUAAUGGAACUAAACCAAAGCAAGACCAUAAUACAGUGGUACCUCGGGUAACAUACACUUCAGGUUACAUACACUUCAGGUUACAUACGCUUCAGGUUACAGACUCCACUAACUCAGAAAUAGUACCUCAGGUUAAGAACUUUGCUUCAGGAUAAGAACACAAAUCUUGCUCCGGUGGUGUGGCGGCAGCAGGAGGCCCCAUUAGCUAAAGUGGUGCUUCAAGUUAAGAACAGUUUCAGGUUAAGUACGGACCUCCAGAACAAAUUAAGUACUUAACCUGAGGUACCACUGUACUUCCAGCCCUUCCCCUUCUGACAACUGCUUUCCUAUUCUGUUUCUCACUCAGUUUAAAGGGUCUAGCGGGUCAUUGGGAGAACCAGAUGCUAUCCACUAGAUGCCAUCAUUGAUGGCUUAUGUGGAUCCAAAGGAGACAUAUAUGAAAACUCCCUGAGAAAUAUUAUUAGUUUUAGGGCCAAUCUAGGUGAGGCAGUGGAGAACCAUGCCCAUCUUUGAUUUGACUAAGCCUAUGGUUUUGGAGUAGGGUGCAACUCUUUCUUCAGUGCCAUUUUCCCCCCUGACCUAAAUCAAUUUGCCUUCCGCACUGGGGCAAAUAGCAGCUUUAAGGGAAGAGGAAGAUUCAGAUCAGAAAAGUCGAACCCAAGCUAAAGAGUUAACUCCCCUUCCAGACACCAGCAAACUGACCCAAUUGUGGCACAGCUACUCCUUUUUUUAUUUUUUAUCUUGAGAUGUUGGGAAAUCUGACCACAAAACUAGAUUAGUCUCUCUGGUAGUGUACAGCUUAUUAAAAUUUCUUUGGGUGCCUUCAACAGUUCUUGAAUAUUUCACCAGAACAGAGGCUUGGAAUUUGCCUCAAAAUUUGCCUUCAGAUGAAAUUCAGUGGUAAUUCAAGUCACAAGUGUUAUAUAUUUGCCUACUGGUUUUAUCUUAUAUUUUGUAUUUAGUUUCUUAGGUUGUGCUUUUUUUAUACUGUCCUCCUGCUUAAAAUGGGGUGGAUCACAUUUUGAAUAAAUCAAUACAUGCACAAAGUUCAAUUUUACAUCUAAAAGGUGCAGCACCUGUUCUGGAAGAGGCAGCAAAACCUGUACGACGUGCCAUGGAGAGAAAAAGUUGCUACACUACAUCCAGCUAACAGUAACUUGGUAUGUUGUCUUCUUCGUGAUGUUGCUCUUUUCGUCAUCAUUCUCUGAAAUUAAUUGCCUUGACUGCCAAAGGCUCUUAUAUUCAUAUGUGUGAAGUGUUUGUUAAUACUAAGAUUCUGUGGGUGCUUUGCAACAUAAAUUAGACUAGACCCUAUAGGGAGGGGUGGGGGAGAAAUUUAAAGGCAAAUAUACCUAAAUCACACUUUCUGAAAUCUGUGAUCUGAAACAAAGCCAUUCUUCAAAAUGUGCACUUCUCCAGAUUUUGGAAUGUAGUUCUGCAACCAAAUAAAUGUAUAUAUUAGGGAAGAAUGUGUAUAAAAAUGCAUCUAUUAAUGAAAAUUAUAUUAAAUAUGUAUAAAAUUAGGGGAGAUGGCUUUGCUAAUAUGGGUAUAUCAGGGAAAUUGCAUACAAGUGUGUGUGUAUAUAGGGAGGGAUUCACUGAUGAUUUUCCAUGAGGACUUUUUUUAAAACAACAAAAACAACAGUUUUGUGUCAAAACGUGGAGUAGUGAACUUAGCACUGGAAAUAUGGGAAGCAGAGAGACACCUGUCUCAGGCAGAUAUAUUAAAAAGAAGCUCUUUUAUCACACCCCCUUCCACAUGUCCAUCUAAUAUGUCUUAACCAUUUUGACCUACUUGCUUUGAAAGUAUAAGGUGGGGGUAUGAAUGCGUACACACACACACACACACACACACACACCAAUCAGGGGCUAUACACAGGAAACAUGAUAACUGACAAGAUAAACAGUGGUGUAUUCUUAUUUUUUUAAUUGCAAACUAUGAAAGCAAGUAGGCUUUUUUUUUUUUUUUUUUUGAUUAAAUGAAAUCACAGAGCAUAAACAAUUUCCUGCUAUCUUUGCUUUUUGGUGGACCCACUAAAAUCCUGAACUUCAAUGUUUCCCCCACUCUGGGCAACAAUAAUUUCUCUGUCAAGGGAAGGCCAAAAGUGGUUUCAGAAUGUUUAUGUGUGAGCAGCAACCUCCAGUUUGUGUUCACCAGCAACUGGUCUCCAAAGCCUCUGUUGCUGAUACUGUAAACACUGAAAGCCUUAUCCAUACAUUGAUAAAUAUAGACUGACACAGUGCUCUGAAUCCUUCUUACCUUGCAGGAAGAACAAUGUAUAUGAAUUCAUUUAUGAGAAUCAGUUGAACUUUCCCAGAGAACUACUCAAUAAAGUUAUGGGAGAUAACAUAUUUAAAGAUGAGAACGCUGUGGUGAGUAAAAUACAUGCCCCCCCCCCCUCCAAACAUGACUCCUGGUAUUUUCCAUAUGAAACCUUGGUGAAAAAUUACUGGAAGCAGCUGAACUGCUUAACACAAUAACUCACUCACAUCUUUCAGCCCCCUACCUUCAUGGACAAUGGAAAUCUGCUCAGAAAUCUCAUGAGAUUGCAGACUACCUACUCAAGAUUGGAGCUAAUGUUUCUGUUUGUACUUAGGAUGUUUGGAAGCUGCUAUAUAUGGAGUCAGACUAUUGGGGGUCUCUCUAGCUUAGUAGGAACGCGGGUGGCGCUGUGGGUUAAACCACAGAGCCUAGGACUUGCCGAUCAGAAGGUUGGCAGUUCGAAUCCCCGCGACGGGGUGAGCUCCCGUUGCUCGGUCCCAGCUCCUGCCAACCUAGCAGUUUGAAAGCACGUCAAAGUGCAAGUAGAUAAGUAGGUACCACUCCGGCGGGAAGGUAAACUGGGUUUCCGUGUGCUGCUCUGGUUCACCAGAAGCGGCUUGGUCAUGCUGGCCACAUGACCCAGAAGCUGUACGCCGGCUCGCUCGGCCAGUAAAGCGAGAUGAGCGCCGCAACCCCAGAGUCGGCCACAACCGGACCUAAUGGUCAGGGGUCCCUUUACCUUUACCUAGCUUAGUACUGUCUACACUGGCUGGCAGCAGCUGUCUCAGAUUUCAGGCAGGCUCUCUUCCAGCCCUAUUUGGAGAUGCCUGAGAUUGAAUUUGGGGCCUUUUCGCAUGCAGAGCAUGUGCUUUCCCCCUGAGCCAUGCUGCUUCCCCCGUUUGAUGUUGCUAGCAAGCCACCAGUAUGUCACUAAGUAUUUGUUCAAUGCAUUUGCUCUCUAUAGAUAACAUUCACGCCGCAUCUCUCCCAUAUUCCGAUAAUGUCAAAUUCCAUUUUUACAUGCAUGUUUUUCUUCCUCUUGCUGGUAGAGAUAAAUCUGAAAACAUAAUGGCAAUAUUAUAUACCAAAGACUCAGGCCCUACGAAAGCUCAGCUCAGCUAUUAGGUGAUCAUCUAUUAUAAUUUCUGUGUCUGCCUUUUGAGAGCAGUUGAUGAAGAUUCAGUGUUCUUCCUAUUGGUAUUAACAAUUCCAGAAUGGAAGAAUAAAAUGCACCAUAUCCAGCAAUUUCACAUCCACCAUGUUCAUCUCAUUCAUAUUCAUAGUAUGUAAAUGAUACGGCUUUGGUUCUACAGCUCCUGAUAUGCUACUCUAACAGAGCAUGAUGCUGAGCAAAUCCCCUGCAACUGAUGAAAGUGAUGGACAGGCUUAGACUAGAAAAGUGGCUGGCUGCUCUUAUUUCAUCUUGCUAGACAAUGCAUUAUACACAAUGCCCCAGCAGACUAAGUGAAAUGGCCAUUACCUUAACUCAUUUGCCUAGUGUGUUAAUAAAGCAGGGCUGGAUCUAGACACAUCAAAAAAAUGUUUCAGGAAAACGUGUUGCAAAGUUCAUAAUGGGAAAUCACGUUGCUGAAGGAGCGGACUCUACAGCGCCAUCUGGUGUCACAAUGCUGUAACGCAUUUAAAACACACACUCUUUUCUUUUCUUUUACUAAUGUAGCUGAGUCCCAGGUUGGGAGGAUAGGUGGGGAUGGUCAAAAAGGAGAUGGGUGAAGGAGGGUGAGAAUGACUCUGAUUGCCUCUUUUAAAAUUGCAGGUGUAUCCCCUUCUUGACUUCCCUUACCCUGAGAUCUCUCUGGCAUCUGAAAGAGCUAUUGCAGAGCACAGGGCCACAUUCACCAACACAUCCCGCAUUCUGCAACAGGUAUACGCAAUAGACAUGUGUUUCUAUGAUUUGUAUUUAAACAAACAUUUAACCCCAGCUAAAUAUUGGGAACUUUGAAACUGUGGGGAAAUUUCAGAGAAUCAAAUAUGUGUGGGUUUUUGUUUUUGUCAACUUUCCUUUCACUUUUGAUUCUUUGCUGUUGAAUCUAUAUGAAUCUAUCUGUUGUUCAUCAUAAUCUGUGAAUGGAAAGGCACCUUCUCUUUGCAAGAGGCACUGAGAUUCAGAGAAGGCUGCUGCUGGAUCAGGAGGAGGGAGGUGAUUUCCAUUCUGCUGCCCUCCAUUCUGUCUCCCCAACACUUCUGAGCAGGUUUACGGGGGGCGGGGGAUGAGGAAUAGGCAGAAAUCAUUUUCCCCAGUCUGUUUCCAAUGGUGGGAACAUCCUAUGAGUAGAGUUCCACUCACAGGAAUUUUGAAUACAAGCCAAUUAUAAGAAGUUGAUCUGAGCUGAAAAACUUUGUAGUGAAAGGGCAAUUCUUAACUGAUAUUCAUUCUUAAUACUCCUUUGAAAAAUGCACUUUGGUUGCUGCCAUGCUACAGACCUCAGCGUUACUCAGUGUUCCUGAGGCAUUCCUUUGCCACAAUUCCAGGGAAAUACUAAUACUGAAAGUGAACCUGUUGUAUUGAAUUACAUUGUAUUGUAAUAGCAUGCUGCACUAUUUCAUUUUAGCACCAGGUGGCAUAGAGACAACAUAUCAUCUAUGCAGCUAGUUAACUUCUGCACCCUUCAUAAAGGGUUCGUUCCCAGCCUCAACGGUAAAGGAAUUAUGUAGUCAAAUAUUUUGACUAAAUGCUUGGUUUUUAAGCAUGUUUUUUCAACUGAUGAAUCAAUUGAACCAAUUUGUUGUCCCCGAAACUCUCUCAUUGCUAAAAUAUAACCAGCAGACUAUGUCUGAGAAAUAAUAAUCACCAUAAUAAACCUUAACACGUAAAGCAUGCAGGAGCUUGAUGCAUUAUCCCAGGAGUUCCUGCAAUAACCCUGUAGAGAAUUCUGGAGUUUAGGCAUGAAGUACAUAUUUAUGAAUGAAAUAACCAUCCAGUCUUUGCGCCCUCUUCCACUAUGGAAGAAAACUUCUAAUGUUAGCUUAGGGUUGGGGGAGACAAGUAUAAAACACAACCACCUUGCAGGCUUUUCCCAAUCACCUUAGAGAGCUCCUAACACAAUCGGAGCAGCGCUGGAAGGCUGCAUUCAGCCACAACAUUCAGCGUAAGUUUUUCUAGCUUGCUUCAGCUUCACUUAUUUAUUAGACUUAUUAGUCACUUGUCACCUAGCAGGUCUCCAGGCAACUUGCCUCAAAGAAUAUAUGCAUAAAUAUAAUCUACGGUAUGUUCAAGACAUACCAACCUAGCAGUUCGAAAGCACGUCAAAGUGCAAAUAGAUAAAUAAGUACCGCUCCGGCGGGAAGGUAAACGGCGUUUCCAUGCGCUGCUCUGGUUCGCCAGAAGCGGCUUAGUCAUGCUGGCCACGUGACCUGGAAGCUGUACGCCGGCUCCCUCGGCCAAGAAAGCGAGAUGAGCACCGCAACCCCAGAGUCGGCCACGUCUGGACCUAAUGGUCAGGGGUCCCUUUACCUUUACCUAUGUUCAAGACAAUGAUGCUGUGAUGGGACACUUUAUGCGCGGAUUACAAAAUAAACGCCUGCUGUGGUAAACCUUUCUUCCACACAUAAGGGCCCCAUCAAUAAAAUCUACAUUUGAGGGGUGAGGUAAAAUUAACUUAUGAUGAUGUUAGGAAGCACACUUGUAGAGGUCAGGUACAUGCAUAUUGUAUAACACUGACGGUAAUCCUUAGCAGCUUGCCUAGUAAAAGCUGAAACAGGCCAUGUUCUGCCUCCAUUCCAAUCACAUUCACAGCCAUGUCCACUUCUGUGUGUUAGUCAAGUAGGAUUCCCUCCUGUCCAUCCAGAUUUGGCAUUUUUAUCUUCCCAGCUGCAUCUUGGCAGGUAGAGGGAUGAUCUACAGCUUUACAUGGUAUCUCUGUUGCCAGACUGUCCUACUUCAGGCUGCAGGCACAGGAAUCAAGUGUGUGUGUGUGUCCACAAAACUGUCUGUACAGUCAAUACCAGCUGUUAUUAUUAAGUAAAUUAAUCACCAAACUCUUCACCAGCAGGCCCUAGGGCGGGUUACAACAAUUUAAAAUCCAGUAUGAAAAACAGUUUAAAGGGUCACAGGAAAAGGGUUGUUCCCCAAAACACAUGUCUUGGGCGUCAAAGGCCAGAACUGAUAUACUAGUUAUGUUUACACCAAGUAUCCCACCUACCCUGUUUCUAAGUGCUUUUGAAAAAAAAGAUAAAUGGUUGCAGAUUAUUGGUAUGGGGUUUUUCUGUGAGAAAGAAUCGUGCCAUGCAGAUUCAAUCCUAUGUAAAAUCUCAUCAUAUAUAUAUAUAAUUUUUGUUAAUAUACAUUACAACAAUUAUUCAACAAAUGUUCUAACAUUUCAAACUUCAAAUCCCUUCCCCCUCUUUCUGUGGUUCUUUGCAUUUAUUUUUGUCAUUUCCUGCAUACUUCAAAUUAUCUUAUUUAUUUAUCUAUUCUCAUAUUUAUCUCAUAAACACUUUUGAAAUUGCAGGUUUAUACAACAAUCCUGCCAAUAAUCUGUUUACAGUUUGUUUGUAAAUACUCAAUAAAACAUUUCCAUUCCUUUCUAAAGAGUUUAUUGUCUUGAUUUCUUAUUCUUCCGGUAAGUUUCACCAUUUCUGCAUACUCCAUUAAUUUCAUAUUUUUCUGUUGCCUCUCAAGUGUUUUUAAUGUGUUUUAUAACUGUAACACUUUUAGCUGUUUUUAUAAUUGUAUAUUUGAUUCUUAUAAGCAGACCUGAGACCUUGUGGUUAAGAGCAAGCAAGACAUUUUAGAAACAAACAAAUAAAUUCUUGUUCUGGCUUUGUCCCUCAGCGGCAGACGAUAGAGCUAAUUCCAGUCACUGAAGUCCACUACCAGUAUGCUGAGAAGACAUACAUGUAUUACGUCUAUGGAAUGGAGAACAAGGUCCAUGCCCUGGACUAUCCAGAGAGGUAUUGUUGUGGCUGUACCAUCAUCUGACAGUGGGACACUUUGCAAGGAGGAUUCCUAGUACGAAGGAAGCUUUUCUUCUUGCUUAAUUAUCCACGGGUGUCUGUGGGUGCAAAUCAAUUCAUAUUUUUACUCAUCUGUAGCCCCGUCUUAUUUUGCUUGCCCACAGUGGCCACCAAAAGACAUAGCGAUUAUUAUAACCUAAUUGUAUUUACGCUACAGUUUCAGCCAUUAUUAAUACUGUUCCUCUUGGGAUCUAAGUGUCUGGUAAAUUUAUUGCAUAGAUGGAGAAAUUGGGUGUUGGAGUGAUGGAACUAGGAAGAACUCCAGGAAGAAAAUGUUGGAAUAAACUGUGGAGGAGAAAAAGCACUUAAAUGGAAUACAGUGGGUAAAAAUAUAAGAGGGUGCUGGAUCAGGCCAAAGGCCUCGUUGACAAUGACCAGUCAGAGGCCCUGGAAGCAGGACCUGAGUGCAACAUCAUGACUGGUAUCCAUUGAAGGCUGUAUAUUCUUGGUGGUGUCUAAGUAAGUCAUACUCAGUAUAGGCCCAAUGAAACCAAGGGACUCAAGUCCACUGAUUUCAGUGGGUCUACUCAGACCUGUAUGCCGUCCAAUAUGUUGAUUGCAGGGAUUUGAAAUUUAGAUUCUUCCAUUUGAUUUGGGAUCACUAGUGGGCAAGGCCAAAGAAGAUUGCUAGAUCUUGCUCAGAGGCUUAUUAAAAUAUAUGGAAAUAUGUAGCACUUACCUUGGAGGGGCUCAAAUGCAAGCUGGACUUUAAAAGAUGUUACGUUAGCAGAGUGUAUCACACUGUGUAGAAUAUAUUUUUGUAUGAGUAUAUUUUUUUCUUAUGCUUCAAAGUCACACUAGAUUAAUGGUUGGGCUACAGUACUGGGCAGAAUGGGAACAUCAUUAGGUCUACAUUUCAAAAAGGGAAAAUUCAGACACAAAAGUUGUUGAGCUUUUGUCCAGGAAAUUCCGGACGUAUGGCAGCCCUAGUCUACAGUACAUGCAUGUAGUUUUAGUUUUAAAAUAGUUUUUAGGAAGAUGGGAUCCAUGGUGAGGAGGCAUAUUGAGGUUUCAUGCUGGAUCUCAGAGACCAGUAUGCUUUGCAGAAAAAAGUCUUCUCAAAAGGUAGGUCUAGGAGACUCUAUUGAAGUGCAGUUCUGAUACAAGUUUACUCUUCAUAAAUGCAUGGCCAACUAUGAGCAAUCAUUCCAAGAAACCACUGAAACAAUCUCCAGUAUUCCACAUGCACCAAGCAGUUAUUUUCAUGAGUCACAAAAUUACCUACCAAAACUCCCUUAUUGAGUACAGUGGUGCCUCGCAAGACGAAAUUAAUCCGUUCCGCGAGUCGCGGUUUUUUCGUCUUGCGAAGCACGGCUAUUAGCAGCUUAGCGGCUAUUAGCGGCUUAGCGGCUAUUAACGGCUUAGCGGCUUAGCGGCUAUUAACGGCUUAGCGGCUUAAAGAAAAAGGAAACAAACUCGCAAGAACUUGCAAGACGUUUCAUCUUGCGAAGCAAGCCCAUAGGGAAAUUCGUCUUGCGGAACGACUCAAAAAACGCAAAACCCUUUCAUCUAGCGAGUUUUUCGUCUUGCGAGGCAUUCGUCUUGUGGGGCACCACUGUAUUGUACACAUUUGUAAUAUGUGAAUCCCUCUUGUCUUGCUUACCUACUUUAUCUUGUUCUAUGAUAUAGAAGAAAAAAAAUAGGGUGCUUCAUUGCUAGGCUUCUUGUUUACUGUAUUAAUCAUAUUUACACUAAUAGCAAACCUUUGUUAAAUGCUUUAUGCAGGAUUGCUGCUAUUAAUGCUUAUGGUAUUUUAGGAAAGGACUGGGAAUUUCCCCUUUUGAAGACUGUCCGCUAGAGGGAAGCAGUGGCAAAAAAACCAACCUCCUGAAUUGUUUUGGUUUAGUAGCAAAAACACACCAGAGUAGUGGCUAUGCAGUGUGUGUGUGUGUGUUUGUGUUUAUGGCAUCAUUGUUGCAUUUACUAUUCUCUUGUCAUUGUUAUUUUUAAAAUUAUACCGCUUGGGUCCUAAUCAGGUUUAUUAAGAAUUGUUCUUUCAAAUAACCAUUCUUAAAUUUGCAACCUAUUAACAGAGGACAGUUUGUCAGUGUAUGAAGUUAAUUCACUAAAAGUAAUAGGCUUAAAACCUUGCUUCACCAUCUAGCCGCAAUUUUAAUACAGAGAGUGAAAGAUGUGUGUUUUAUGAAGAAAUGAUGAACCAUAAAUUUGCUGACAGCUAAGUUCAAAGGACAUACAUCCAGAAACAGCAUCAAACGUUCUAUUAUAUAUGUAAAUUUAAUAGCUGCUUCAAACAGGUACUAUAUGGUGGUGAACCAAAAUAAAGAACAGCAUUAAUCUUGGAUUAGGGUUUCUUUGCACAUUAUAAAGAUUUCUCAUAACUUGCACUAUUACAGUCCCUUAAAGAACUUCUAAACGCUUUCUCUCAGUCAGCUUUUUACAGACUCUUCUUAUUUUACCUAAUUCCAGCUCAACAUAUGAUAUGUUGCCAUUUAUGAAAGUGUAUGCUGUUUUAUAGUAAAAAGCUUCUAAAAAGGUAGCCUUAAGGUGCCAUUAAGCGCAUUUCUUUUACCUGAAGUAAAGGGGCAUAUGGAGUGAGAAAGAAAUAAAAAUUAGGCAAGAUCAUGCACAUGACACAAAAUGUUUGUUCACUGCUCCCUUUAACUGUGUAACCAAAUACAGUUGUAAAUGCUGUUGGAUAUGUAUGAGUUGGAAAGAAGCUGCAUUGUGAAAUUAAAUAUCUUUUUUGAAAAAAUAA